AGGGUUCUAGCAACCAUCCCCCUCAAAUCACCACUAAUUUCCAUCACCUUCAUAUAUUUUCCAACUUAUCAUCCACCUGCAAUCAUUCAUAUUAUGUAAAACAAUAUCUCAAUGGCAAGAAACCCUGCAACUCGUCUUCUCCGCAUAUGUUCUUCACAAUAUAAUCUUUCAAAGGUCAGAUUUUUCCAAUCUUACAAUCCAUCUUUUUCACUUUGCAAUGAAAUUCAUCAUCAUUCCUCACAAACCCACCAAUCUUUUUCCUUUUUUCACCCGAAAACACCCAAAUUUAUUCUAUUUUCCCCUUUAGGUUUAGACUCUAGGGUUCAUAAUUUCAAUAGCAGAUUGUAUUGUACUCAAGAAUCCACGGAUUCUCCUGUGUUAGAACUUGUUGAAGAUAAUAAUCAUAAUCAUAAUCAUAAUGUUAAGAACAAGAAAAAGAAGGAUGAUGAUCAUGAUCAUGAUCAUGAUCAUGAUCAAGUAUCUGCAUCACAUGUUGCAAAUGUUGAUCCUGUAGAACUUUACCGUAGGCUUCGUGACGGUCCGGUUGCAAGAAAUUUAGGUGUAGAGCAAUGGGAACAACUUACAGAAAUUUUCAGGUGUUUUGCGAAGUCGGGUUGGGCUUCGAAUCAGGCGUUAGCCAUAUAUAUCGGUGCUUCGUUUUUCCCGACUGCUGCGCAUAACUUUAGGAACUUUUUCUUUAAGAAAUGUGACGAUGAGAUUGUCGAGCACUUGUUGUCGUUGGGUGCUGGUAGUGAGUCCGAGAGGUUUUUGUUUCCGAUAUUUGUUGAGUAUUGUUUGGAAGAGUUUCCGGAUGAGAUUAAGAAGUUUAGGAGUAUGAUUUCGUCUGCGGAUUUGACGAAACCCGAGACGUGGUUUCCGUUUGCUAGAGCGAUUAAACGUAAGAUCAUAUAUCAUUGUGGCCCAACGAAUAGUGGUAAAACGUAUAAUGCGUUGCAAAGGUUUAUGGAAGCGAAAAAGGGUAUUUAUUGUAGCCCGCUUCGGCUUUUGGCUAUGGAGGUUUUCGAUAAGGUGAACUCGUUAGGUGUGUAUUGUAGUUUACUUACGGGUCAAGAAAAGAAGUAUGUUCCGUUCGGGAAUCACACUGCUUGCACGGUUGAAAUGGUUUCUACCGAAGAGUUGUAUGAGGUGGCGGUUAUUGACGAGAUUCAAAUGAUGUCGGAUGUGUAUAGAGGAUACGCGUGGACCCGGGCUUUGCUCGGUUUGCAAGCCGACGAGAUACAUUUAUGCGGGGAUCCAAGUGUUUUGGAUAUCGUCAGAAAAAUUUGUCAAGAAACCGGUGACGAGUUGAUCGAAAACCAUUAUGAAAGAUUCAAACCGUUAGUGGUCGAAGCUAAAACCUUGUUAGGCGACAUACGAAACGUCCGUUCUGGUGAUUGCGUUGUUGCGUUUUCGAGACGCGAGAUUUUCGAGGUGAAGUUAGCUAUCGAAAAGCACACGAAUCAUAAAUGUUGUGUUAUUUACGGUGCAUUGCCACCUGAGACGCGUAGACACCAAGCUAACUUGUUUAACGAACAAGGUAACGAGUACGAUAUAUUGGUUGCAAGUGAUGCCGUAGGAAUGGGAUUAAACCUUAAUAUACGACGUGUGGUUUUCUAUAGUCUUUCGAAGUACAACGGCGAUAAAAUUGUGCCCGUUCCCGCAUCACAAGUGAAGCAAAUCGCAGGUCGGGCCGGGCGUAGAGGAAGUAUUUAUCCUGACGGGCUUACAACCACUUUACAUUUAGACGAUUUAGACUAUUUAAUCGAAUGCUUACAAAAACCGUUCGGUGAAGUUAGGAAAGUGGGCCUCUUCCCAUUUUACGAGCAAGUCGAGUUAUUCGCUGGACAAAUCGCAAACGUUACGUUCUCCCAAUUACUUCAAAAAUUCGGUGAAAAUUGCCGUUUGGACGGAUCGUACUUUUUGUGUAAACACGAUCAUAUAAAAAAGGUCGCUAACAUGUUGGAGAAAGUUCAAGGACUCUCUCUUGAGGACCGGUUUAACUUCUGUUUUGCUCCCGUUAACAUUCGGGAUCCAAAGGCGAUGUAUCAUUUGUUAAGAUUUGCUCAGUCGUACGCUCAAAACGUGCCGGUUAGUUUAGCUAUGGGGAUGCCGAAGUCGUCUGCUAGAAACGAUACGGAGUUGUUAGAUCUCGAGAGUAAGCAUCAAGUUGUAUCAAUGUAUCUAUGGCUGUCGAAUCACUUCAAGGAGGAAAAGUUUCCAUACGUCAAGAAAGCUGAGGCUAUGGCGACCGACAUUGCGGAGUUGUUAGGCCAAUCGCUUAUUAAAGCUAACUGGAAACCGGAGUCGAGAAAUCAAGGGAAGAAGUCGAAUGAUGAUGAGGAUGGUUAUCAGCGGCCUAGAUCAAUGGUUAAGCUGCAAGAACGGAAAAGGCAAGAAAAAGAUUUAAAGUCUGUAGAGAAGCUGGAAACUUGUGAAUCUUAAGGUAGCUGGGGCCAUUGUAUCGAUUUGUUUCCCGUUAGAGGAGUUUCUUGUGGAUCUAACGGCAACUUGUUUACUACUAAAAUACAUCAUUUGCCCCCAACUGGGACGUAAACCCUCGCAACUUGGGAGAGAUAACACCUUAGGUGGCGACAUUAUGGAAGCGGUGGUUAUUCAGAAACGAGAAAGUGUUCAAGGGAACAUACGGGUCAAUUUUGGAAGCUAUUAUGGAGUGCACCUAUUUGUGGCUUAAAAAUAGAGCAAAUCUGGGGUAUCUUCUGUAUAAAAACUGGUGUAAUGUUGGUGCAGAUGCAAUUGUGGGGUAAACUGUGUAUAUGUUGCCUAGCAGUAUGAAAUAAAAUAUCUGGUUAAGACA